AUGUAUAAAAUGGAAUAUUCUUACCUCAAUUCCUCUGCCUACGAGUCCUGUAUGGCUGGGAUGGACACUUCGAGCCUGGCUUCAGCUUAUGCUGACUUCAGUUCCUGCAGCCAAGCCAGUGGCUUUCAAUAUAACCCUAUAAGGACCACUUUUGGGGCCACCUCUGGCUGCCCAUCCCUCACUCCAGGAUCCUGCAGUCUCGGCUCUCUUAGGGACCACCAGAGCAGUCCAUACGCAGCAGUUCCUUACAAACUCUUCACCGACCACGGGGGUUUAAACGAGAAGAGGAAACAGAGGCGGAUCAGAACCACGUUCACCAGUGCCCAGCUCAAGGAACUGGAGAGGGUGUUUGCAGAGACUCAUUACCCUGACAUAUACACCCGGGAGGAGCUGGCACUCAAGAUAGACCUCACCGAGGCGAGAGUGCAGGUCUGGUUCCAGAACCGCCGCGCCAAAUUCCGCAAGCAGGAGCGGGCGGCGGCGGCGGCGGCGGCGGCCGCCAAGAACGGGGCGGCUGGCAAGAAGUCCGACACCUCCCGCGACGACGAGAGCAAGGAGGCCAAGAGCACCGACCCCGACAGCACGGGCGGCCCCGGUCCCAACCCCAACCCCGCACCCAGCUGCGGCGGAGGCGGCGGCGGUGGACCCAGCCCCGCGGCCGGGCAGGGAGCGGCGGGGCCCGGCGGACCGGGGGGCGAGCCGGGCAAGGGAGCGGCGGGGCCCGGCGGGCUGGCGGCGGCGGGGCCGGGGCAGGGUUGGGCGCCGGGGCCCGGACCCAUCACCUCCAUCCCCGAUUCGUUAGGAGGCCCCUUCGCCAGCGUCCUCUCCUCGCUGCAGCGGCCCGGCGGCACCAAAGGCAGCCUCGUCAAGAGCGGCAUGUUCUGA